AUGGCGCAGCGGCAGCAGCAGGAGACGAAGGCGAUCCCCGUCCGGUCACUGGACGGCCGCACCACGACCGUGCGCCUGGCCGCCGCCUGCUCCGUCAACGACCUCAAGGCCGCCCUCCGCGGCUCCAACUUUCCUCCCCCGGCCGGCGCCCCCACGUUCCACCUCUUCCUCAAGGGCGCCAAGCUCCUCCCCCAGGCCAGGGUCGGCAACCUCCCCAUCUACGCCGGCGACUUCGUCUCCCUCAUCCCCUUCACCGCCAAGCCCACCACGCCCGCUCCCAACCAUUGCGGCGGCAAGGAGCCGCUGGACCCGGCACAGAUGGUGGAGCACCUCCGGCUAGGGCUCGGGAAGCACGGCCAGAUCGCGCACGUCGAGCGCAUGCCCGGCAGUGAGGCCUCCUUCGCCGACGACGACCUACUUCACCACCUCACCGACGCCAUGAGGAGCUGCCUCCGGAGCACCGGCGUGACGAGGCUGUACGCGCACCAGGCCCUCGCGCAGGACCAGCUCAAGGCGCUGCUACAGAUGAAGGCCGCGCUCCUCCUCGCCGGCGUCAGUGACUUUGGGGUUGAGAUAUACGACGGCGACACGCCGGUGCAGGACCGCGCGAGGAUCAGGCAGCAAGCGAGGGUGCUCAUCACCAACCCGGACAUGCUGCACGCCUCCAUCAUCCCCUGCCACGGCCAGUUCCGGCGCAUCCUCUCCGGCCUCGCCCACGUCGUCGUCGACGAGGCACACACGUACCGCGGCGCGUUCGGCUGCCAUGCCGCGCUCGUGCUGCGGCGCCUCCGCCGCCUCUGCGCCGAUGUCUACGGCCGCCGCCCCGCCUUCGUUGUGUUCUUCACCGCCACGCUGGCCAACCCGCGCGAGCACGUCAUGGAGCUCGCCGGGGUGGACGAGGUGGAGCUGGUGGACCGGAACGCCAGCCCGCGCGGCACCAAGCACUUCGUCCUCUGGAACUCCUCGUCGGCGUCGAAGUCGCCGGUGACGGAGGUGUCGCGACUGCUGGCCGAGAUGGUGCAGCACGGGCUGCGGUGCAUCGCCUUUUGCAAGACGAGGAAGUUGUGCGAGCAGGUGCUGGCGGCGGCGUGCGAGGUUCUGGAGGAGGCCGUGCCGGCGGCGCCGGAGCUGGCGAGCUCCGUGUGCGUGUACCGCGGCGGCUACGUGGCGAGCGACCGUCGGCGGAUCGAGGCGGACCUCUUAAGCGGGCGGCUCCGCGGUGUGGCGGCCACGAACGCGCUGGAGCUGGGCAACGACGUCGGCCACGUCGACGCCACGCUCCACCUCGGCUUCCCCGGCAGCAUCGCCAGCCUCUGGCAGCAGGCCGGCAGGUCGGGCCGGCGAUCCAAGGACUCCAUCGCCGUCUACGUCGCCUUCGACGGCGUCGUGGACCAGUACUUCAUGAACUACCCCGACAAGCUCUUCGGCAAGCCGAUCGAGCGCUGCCACGUCGACGCGCCGCAGAACCAGAAGGUCCUCCGGCAGCACUUCGCGUGCACCGCCGUGGAGAACCAGCUCCGGCCCGACCGCGACGAGCCCUACUUCGGCGCCACCAUGAACGACGCCAUCACAUUCUUGAAAGACAAAGGAAUCCUCACCAGCAAUCCAACCGGUGGUAACACGUGGAAGUACGCCGGCCCGGUCAGGCGGCCGUCGCAGUCGGUGAGCAUCCGCGCGAUCGAGCACGAAAAGUUCACGGUGACGGAGACGGCGAGCAAGCGGUUGCUGGAGGAGAUCGAGCAGAGCAAGGCCUCCUUCCAGGUGCACGAGGGCGCGGUGUACAUGCACCUGGUCGACAGGCUCGACCUCUCAUCCAGGACGGCCUACUGCAGCAUCAGCAUGUCCGAGCUCUGCUACCACACCAAGACCGAGGACUACACCGACAUCGACGUCGCCGCCCCCGUUGAUCCUAGCGGCGUCCAUGCCGACGAGUGCACGGUGACCACGAGGUGCGUCGGCUAUCGCCGGAUAUUCAAAACGACCGACCAGGUCUCUGACAUGAUCCCUCUCCAUCUCCCCUCCUACUCCUUCGAAACCCAGGCCGUCUGGGCGACGAUCCCCCACACGAUAAAGGCGUCGAUGGAGCAGAACAAGUUGUGGUUCCGGGGCGGGCUGCACGGCGCCGCACACGCCAUGCUCAGCAUUCUGCCGCUGCACAUGAUGUGCGGCUCCGGCGAUCUCGGCACGGAGUGCGUGGAUCCGCAGGAGACGCGCAAGCGAGAUGACGACCGCGUGGUCGUCCCCGACAGGAUCUUGCUGUAUGACAAGCACCCCGGUGGCAUCGGGCUGGCGGCGCAGGCGAGGACGCUCUUCGGGGACCUACUCGCGGCGGCGCUAGAGCUCGUGUCGGCGUGCGGCUGCCGUAACUCCGACGGGUGCCCCAAUUGUGUGCAGUCGUUCGCAUGCCGCGGCACAAACAAGAAUCUGGACAAGGAGGCUGCUGUUGCGCUGCUAAAGGAUCUCAUUCAGUGGCAUUCUGAACUGAAGCCUAAUUAA